AUGAAGUUCACCACCCUCAUCACCCUCUGCGGUCUCACCCAGCUCGGCCUCUGCGCCGCAGAUCGUGGCAAGUAUACCGUCAGUGGACUUGGUCAGCGCAAGCAGGCCGUCCUUGGUGCCGGUGGAAGCACCCUGGACCUGGCCAUUGCCAUGCUCGAGGCUGAGAAGAUGGGAACUGACUAUACCUACGGUGACGGCAAGACCGGUGACGCCACCAACUUUGGCAUCUUCAAACAGAAUUGGAUGAUGCUGCGUACCUCCACCAGUGAGUUCAGCGGCCAGACCGCCGCUAAUGUCAAAAAUGGUGCUAUCCUGAACACCGACCUUAAAAAGGAUGUUCGGGCUCGCCAGGAGAGCGAGAAGCAUUAUGGCUUUGACACCUGGAUUUCUGGCCAUCGCAAUGGAGUCUCCGGGCUGAAGAACCCAGGCACGCAGGAUAUCAAGAACUACAAAUCCGCUAUCCAGUGGAUCCAGAAGCAGAUUGAGAGUGAUUCCAAGUACCAGAAAGAUGACACCCGCUUCUGGGUCGAUGUCGUUGCUAUCUAA